CGCUGUGGGGAAACAGCGGGCUCGGUCCGGCGAGGAGGCGAGACGCCGUUGUGGGGAACUCAAGCAGAGAAGGGAUAGAGCGGCCGCUACGCUUCCUCCCUCCCUCCCCGCCCAGCCUCUGUGAUUGACACAGGAACCAAAACGAGGCUGCGGUAGGGCGGGGAUAGAACGCCGCCUUAACCAAUCACGGCGCCGCUAGGGAAAGAAACUUGAAUAAUCUCCGGCGAUGUCUUCUCCCGAAAUCGCUUCCAUUUCCUGGGGCCGGAUGACGGUGAAAGGCUGCUCCACGACAUACAAGGACUGCAAAGUGUGGCCGGGAGGCAGCCGCACGUGGGAUUGGAGGGAGACGGGGACUGAUCACGUCCCUGGUGUCCAGCCUGCAGAUGUGGAAGAAGUUGUUCAGAAAGGAGCCAAAACCUUAGUGAUUGGUCGCGGUAUGAGUGAGGCUUUGCAGGUGCCACCAUCCACCGUGGAAUACCUUAAGAAGCAUGGGAUCGAUGUGUUAGUCCUGCAGACGGAGAAAGCAGUGAGGGAAUACAACGCUCUGGCCUCCAAAGGGGUCAAAGUGGGGGGUGUCUUCCACUCCACCUGCUAGAGUAUCGCUCCAGUAUUUUCUGCAAUUUUGUGCCUUUUUGUGGAUGCCACAAAAAAGAGUUGCUUUUGAUCAAUAUAGGAAUCUGUGUCUCACUGCUUGACUCUGGCCUUGAAAACUUUGUGAAGAAACUAAAACGAAUUGCAGUGAAUAUAGUGUGAAGGAAGUAAGAGCCUCUGUAUAACUGAAACAUCACAAGAUUAAAAUGGGGAAAGGGGCUGCACUAGAGCAUCA